GACACAGUCGCUGGACCGGCCCUGCCCCCUGCGCCCCGCACCGUCCAGGUGCCAUUGCCGUCACCUCCCGCACCAGCCUGGGGUGCGGGGCGCCUGUGCCCUCGCGUCCUUCGCUGACCUCUGUGCGCGGGCGGGGGAGGGGCGGCGUCAGCUCCCUCAGCAGACCCUCCGCAGUAGCCUGCGCCCCCUGCGGCUGUGACAGGCCUGUGCGUGGGGGCGGGUGACAUGCUGCCUCCCGGGCCGCCGAGAUGCCCGUGGCGAUGGGAGACGUGAUGAGGCUGCUGGGCUCCAUUUCCGAGGAGAAGAAAAUGAGAGCGGCCGUCAAACACUCCGGGCGGGGCGCCGUGGUCACCGGCGCCGUGGCCUUCGUUGGUGGCUUGCUUGGUGGCCCCCCAGGACUAGCCGUUGGGGGCGCCGUCGGGGGGCUCUUGGGGGCCUGGAUGACGAGUGGGCAGUUCCAGCCUGUCCCUCAGAUCCUCAUGGAGCUGCCGCCCGCUGAGCAGCAGAAGCUGCUCCGUGAGUUCACGGCCAUCGUCAGGGGCCUGGACGGGAUGGACGCGGUGCAGCUGGUCACACUGGUCAUGGGCAGCGAGGUGCUGAAGGAGCAGCUGCUGGCCAUGCUGGUGGGCUACGUCACCAGGGAGCUCGGGGCCGAGGUGCGGUACGGCGAUUAGCCCCUCGGGCCGUGGGCUGUCGCCGGAGGGCCCCGGGGGCUGGGGUGCCCCGCCCCACCCUGUGUUACCUUCAGCUGCCGUGAGCCCCCUGCGGGGGAGGCCCGGCUGUGCUGGAUCCUGGUUGGACAUCACGGAUGAGGAAAUCCUGUGGCGUGGCCGCGUGGGGCCUGUUUUGUGAGCCCACCCUCCUGCCGUGGGGUCUGGGGGGAGGUGUUGGUGGGCAGCAGCCGCUCAUCUGUGAAGGUGACCUCUGACCUGGGCACGUGUAGCAGCCCUGGGCGCCCCUCUGGGCCCGGGGUCUCUGGACCUGGCCGCCGGCUCCGCUGGAAUCGUGGGGACCCUCUGAGCGAGCCCCUCCCCCAGCCCCUUCUGAGGGGCCCCUGGGAGGAAAUUGCCAAAUGCACCCUGCCCUUCUCCCACCUGCCCGGGCCCUGCUGUCCCAUCCGGUUCUGCUUUUCCGGGUCGCUGCUUGCAGCAGAAGCGUCACUGCUCUCCCUAAAGGUGUCGGGUCACAGACCACCUCUGAGAAGUGGGCACCCGAACAUCCCCACACACUGGGCCCCCCCCCCUUGAACCACGCCAGCACUGUCCCCAGAUGGGACACACUUCCUGCACCGUCUCUCUCCCCCUCACUCCUGGUCAGCGUCCCUAACACCGGGAGCCGUCCCCUCCCGACGGUGGGCGGGCGGGCAGUCGGUGGCUCCCGGUCACCGCCUGGCCCCUGCCUUUCCCUGUGGCGGCUUCCCUGCCGGCGGGAGAGGGGCCGCAUCCCGGCAUCCCCGCGUGCUGCGUGGAGAACGCGGGAGGCUGAACGGGACCCCGGGGGCUGCGGGAAGGGCGAGCCCGCGUCUCAGAGAGGGAGCCGCCUCGCCCAGCACGGCCGCCGCGCUCCCCGGACUGCGGGGCUGCCUCCGUCAUUUCUGUGCGGCUUCGGGGCCGGGCCCGGGGCCCCUGGAGAACUCCGCUGACUCAGACGAGGUGACCGGGAGUUGCUCUCGUGCUGGGUCACCCUGUGCUGGCCCCAGCCUGGAGGUCCCACAGCCGUGACCAAUGAAGGCCCCCCGUGGCCGUCCUGUCCUGCCCCGGGAAGGCAGCCCUGGGAGGCAGUGACCCCGCACCUGACCGAUCCGGGCUGGACGUAGCUGGACCUGCUGAGUGAGGCGCCCUUGGCUCGCUGGGUCCGGGUGCUGCCUGCAGUGGGCGGUGGCCCCCAAAGCCGCCCAGACCUGACCCCGGCUCCCUCGGGGGCUGAAGGUCCUUCCCUCGCUCCUCUCUCGGGCUCUCUCAGCCUUCAGUGUUUGUAUUUCGGUACUUCCUUGUACAAGCAUCUUUUUUUUUCUUUGAAAAUUAUAUUUAUUGAUUAUGCGA